AUGAACAAUCAGGGUCAUCCCAGACCUUUAGCUCCAGGACCACCACGGACAUUUGCUCCGCAAUCGCCUAUGGCUGUGAGUCGACCAAAAAAGAACUCAACGGCUUGUCUGACCUGCAAGACAGCAAAGAGAAAGUGUUCCGGACCUCCUGCUCCUUGCAAAGCAUGUACUACUGCUGGAAUUGACGAUUGUCAAUUUGACCCAACCCGUGAUCUCAGACGCAAAGUAGCUGUGAAGAGGGUGAUAGAGGAGCUUUCAAACUAUAAAGAACUGUUAGAAGCCUUUUUCAGGGCACUUCGAACUGAAACUGCAGAAAGGGUGCAGAGUAUCAUUGAACUGGUUCGAAGCAAUGCAUCACUGAAUGAGAUCGCUGAGGCUGUUGGAAGCCCUGCAGUUUAUUUCUCCGAUCCCAAAGCAUUGUCAAACGCCAGUCAUCUUAUUUCGGAUGAUGGAGACCCAAAUUUAGCUUAUUUUGAAGCGGAUGAGAACAAACCUAGGCGAGCUUCGGAUAUCUCAGAGGAGGAACUACCCAGGAAAACACAGAUCACUACCCAUCCUUAUGCGCGAGUGACCCUGGAGAGUCUCUGUGAUAUCCCUAUGAUUAGUGUCCCUUCAAAGCCAUGGACGGAAGUUACUGAUGACAACGAGCUUGUGUCGCAUCUAAUUUCACUCUAUUUCACAUGGGACCACCCAUGUGCCCAAUUUGUUGAUCGAGAGACAUUUCUUGAACAUAUGGAGAAGGGAGAUCUGAAUUCGGAAUUCUGCUCACCACUGUUGGUCAACGGUUUGUUAGCAGUGGCAAGUACGUAUUCUGAUAGCCCGAUCGUAUUCUCAAAUUCCGAAAACGCGUUCUCUCGAGGGGAGAAAUUCCUUGCGGAAGCAGAGAGGCUAUGGCGAGCGCAGGAAGGGCGAUCAUCGUUGACUAAUAUCCAAGGACUUCUUUUGAUGGGUUAUUUAUUGUCAUGCCAGGGGAAGUCUCGUCUGGGCUGGCUGACGUUACGACAGGCUGUCGAGUUAGCUCAGGAUUUGGGAAUGUUUAAGCACCCCAGUGUCAUCCAGAGGGGACAAAAAUCGCCUGAGAUGAAACGAGCCUAUACAAUCACAGCAUGGGGUAUCUUCAGCUUGAAUCUACAAAUGUCCAUCAAACUUCAGAGGUUUGCCAAUCUGGAAUAUCCUGUAUCGAACAUUUAUGCCGGAGGUGAUCAUGAUUUUGACUGGGUCCCGUAUCCGCGGUCGAAUCAGAUUGCCUAUGAUAAGAAACCAGCUCAUCUUCCCAAAAUCAGGCGAGGUCUUGUAGAUCUCACGAUCAUUAUGGUUGAGAUCAAGGGUCUUUUGGACGAUGCUGAGUUGCACACGAACUUCCGCGCCCUGCAGAAUAGGGCAAAAGCUCCAUAUGACCGUUUGCAAAAUUGGUUGACAGACUGGCCCGAUUUACCCAAAGACGAAAAGGAUCCAAUCCCGCAACUUCUCACUCUUCGCUUGAAAUGUCUUCAAGUGAGUAUGAGCCUUCUUGAGGCACUGAUCGAUAGGGCUGGGGAGGAUCCUAUGGCUGUUAGCAUAAGAGAUGAAUGGUGUGAGCAGGCCAUAGAAAUGACUCGUUGCCUUUCUGCCUAUCGUCUGUCGUAUGGACUCAAACACAUUCCAAGCCAAGUUGCAGAUAUCAUCCAGACAGCCCUUCAUGGCCUUCUGAAAAGACUGGAAGAUACAAAGGAGGCAACAGUGGCGUUCAUUGAAUGUUGUCGUUUUGGGGUUGUCUUGAGCCAGAAGUUCAAACCUGUGGCUGAGAUCAUCCAAGCACUCCAACAUGAAAAUGCACGGCUUCCUCACGAUGCCAUCGCAAUAUUGGAGGACUCAGAUCUCUGA